GAGUUAGUUUAUUAUGAUAAUUAGCACUUCUUUAAAAGCAACUGACCAAGAAAAGCACAAAAGAACACUGGCUUAUUAAUAAUAAUACAGUUGUUACAAGCGCUGUCACAAGUUUACAGCGGAGAUCCAGUCGAGAACAUUGUGCGGUUGAAAUGAACAUUUAUAGUUUGGUCGUUACUAGUGUGGAAAAAAUAAAAAAAAAAGUUGUUAUUGAGAGAGCUGCUUGUGGAAACCGUCUCCCGUCGUUGAUCAGUGCGCGCGCUGCAUGAGAGACGAAGUAAACUUUUCUCCCGUUGACCGAAUUCAGACAAACGAGUGACUGAUGUGCGCGAAAAAAAUCCGACAAAUGAUGGAUUUAAAAUGAACACGUCCAAUGGCAUUUUAUUUAUUUAUUAAGGGCUAUUUUAUUUAACGGAGUCCGUAUUUUUGUGUUUGUAGAAAAAAAAUGAAUAUAGUUUUUAAAAAAACAUACCGUUAUUACAAGAUUAUACCGUGAAUGCUUUAAUCUGCUUCAAUCGGUUUAGAAUAUGAUACAAAUUUCCGGUAAUCUUUAUUUGUUGUAUUGACUCGUCAACCAGUGGUUUAGAAGGAGAGAAAGUGACGGGGGGAGAAAUUAUUCCAAAAGGUGAAAAUUGAAAUGUCUAGACGGUGUUUGUUUAAUAUAUGGCGCCGCCUUGUGGACGAACGGAGGUAUCUUUAACUCGACAAAAUGGCUUGCGCAGCAGACAGCUGCAUACAAUUCACACGCCAUGCCAGUGAUGUCCUGCUCAACCUGAACCGUCUGCGCAGCAGAGAUAUUCUCACCGACGUCACCAUCUUGGUCAACAGGCAGCAGUUUCGCGCACACAAGACCGUUCUCAUGGCUUGCAGUGGGCUGUUUUACAGCAUCUUCACAGACUCUCACAAGUGCAACCUAAACGCCAUCAGUCUGGACCCAAAGGUGGAUCCAGAGGGCUUCGCCAUCCUGCUGGAGUUCAUGUACACCUCCCGUCUCACUCUGAAGGAGAGUCUCAUCAUGGCGAUCAUGAACACGGCCAUCUACCUGCAGAUGGACCACGUCGUGGACACCUGCCACAGAUUCAUCAAAUCCAGCGAUCCGGCCAAGCUGCCCAGAGACGAGUUCCUGGUCAGUCCCCUGGUCUUGCCUCAGGAUGUCCACGCCUACCGGCCCCACGACGUUGUCGACAGUUUGCACAGCCGCGUAGCUCCGUUCAGGGACGGGAGGCCCUACGGAUCAAACAUGUUCAACGGGGUCAGCACCCCCACCAACUACCAUCUGUACGGGCAGUUUCCCAUGCCCGGAUUCCCUUUCCCUCUCUGCAAGCUGACCGACGCCAAAAACGCUUUUGCCGACCUCUCAAAGAGCGGCCUCCACCACAAGCACUGUUCGCCUCAUGAUGGCGCCAACAUGAUCCGGGCGGAAUACGGCCGGGCAGUGGGCACCGGCUCCUCCGGCAUCAUUCACACCACCACCUACGCUUCCAGGGAGCUCGGGAAAGACGACGAGAUGCGGAGGGAGAGCCACCAGGGGGGCGGCCAGUCCAUCGCCCUCGGCACGAGGAAACGCGCGUUCCCCACGAUGACCCUGGAGCACCCGAGAGACUCUGGAAAGGAUCGCGCCCCGCAGGCGGAGGACGACCUCAUCCAUCACCACUACCCACUUGGGAUCUCGUCUGCGGGACGCAAGGGCCUCAUGAGCAGCCCUCAGAGUCCGCUCAAGUCCGACUGCCAGCCCAACUCCCCAACGGAGUCCAGCAGCAGCAAGAACGCCAGCCUCUCCCAAGGCGCCGCCGCCGCCGCCAGCGUGCAGGCUCCGCAAAGCACGCAGGAGCCAAAGUCCCGCAACUGGAAGAAGUACAAGUUCAUCGUGCUGAAUCAGAGUGCGAAGGAAGAGGAGGCGGGGCUGCGGGACCCGGGGCUUCGCUCCCCUCAGCGGCUCGGCCUGCACCCCUACCUCCACCCCAGUGACUCAGAGAACCUCGACCCACAAGCCACGAGCAAGAGCAGCGAGGACCUGCCCGCUCCUCAGGCCAGUCGUCUCAACAACAUCAUCAACAGUGCACUGGAGGGCUCCCUGAGGAACGGUGAAGCCCCCCUCCCACACUACCUGAGCCGGCUGAACUGCUCGUCCUGCGGCACACCGUCCCCACAACACUCCGAGGUGUGUCCCAAGACCUCCAGGUCCCGCCUCGCGGAGGACAUGACGGAGCUGCACUCUGAGUACUCGGACUCCAGUUGCGAAAACGGUACAUUCUUCUGCAGCGAAUGUGACUCCAAGUUUGCCGAGGACGAGGCGCUGAAGCAGCACAUGCUCCGGGUGCACAGCGACAAGCCGUACAAGUGCGACCGCUGCCAGGCUGCUUUCCGCUACAAGGGCAACCUCGCCAGUCACAAGACCGUCCACACGGGAGAGAAGCCGUAUCGCUGUAACAUCUGUGGUGCUCAGUUUAACAGACCAGCCAACCUCAAGACUCACACUCGCAUCCACUCAGGAGAGAAGCCCUACAAAUGUGAGACGUGUGGAGCUCGUUUUGUACAGGUUGCUCACCUGCGCGCCCACGUGUUGAUCCACACGGGGGAGAAGCCGUAUCCCUGCGAGAUCUGCGGAACGCGCUUCCGCCACCUGCAGACGCUGAAGAGCCACCUGCGCAUCCACACGGGAGAGAAGCCGUACCAUUGUGAGAAAUGCAACUUGCACUUCCGCCACAAGAGUCAGCUUCGGCUGCAUCUGCGGCAGAAACACGGCGCCAUCACCAACACAAAGAUCCAGUACCGCAUGUCGACGGGCGACAUGCCCACUGACUUGACCAAGGCGUGCUGAGAGGACUGUUUUCUACAGGCGGAAAUCUUGACCUUGGCAUUUAAAUGACCCCAACUUGUACAAUCAUCCAAAACUCUAGUGCCACACUGUGUUUAUUAGACGGAUAAAUUGGCUGUGUACGCCAUUCUAAAACGGGUUUCCACUACAUGUGACGUAUAGCCACUUUAUUGUUUGUAUAUAUAUAUAAUUAUAUAUGUGUGUGUGUGUGUGUGUGUGUGUGUCGGGAGUGUUUCUAAGCUUUGAAGGUACGUAUAUAAAGCUUUAUUUUGUUGAAGACGGAAUGUAAAAAAUCUGUUUUUUUUUAAAUACAGUAUUUUAUAUCAGAACUUACUUUUCUGAAAGUAUUUCAAAAUUUGAUCGACGGGUGGUACAUAUAUUUUGAGAUUCCCAGAUUUGCGGCCGCAGUUGUCUACACAUUUUUUAAAUGUAGAUGUACGCACAUGUUGCACCAUGUCAUGUUGUCAUAUUCAUGUGAAGAGGUAUGGGAGAAGGAAAAAAAAGUGCUAAUUGGAUUUUGUCAAACAUAUCCGAAGACUGCUGCUGUCUGCUUAUGUUAUGCAUGAGGUACUCUUACCGUUAUCGGCGCACAUGAAGCGGGCAAACAGCAUAAAUAUUGUGACAUAUUGUGUAAUUAUCUGUGGGGUUGCUCUCUGCUGGCGGAGCCAAUCCAGGUGUGGAAAUGCAUUUGAAGGCUUUGUUGUGACCAAGAAAAUAUUUUGCUUUGAGUGUAUUUGUAUAGAUGUGACUUUGGUUUUGUUUAUUUUCCAUAGGUAAAGGUUUACAGUUUUGCUCAUUGUUCUAGAUCCUAAAGUAAAGUUGUGUACGUGUCAAAAGUUAGUUUUUGUUUGUGUAUUCAAUGUGCCUUUCUCUGUGGUGUCUGAAUCCGUCCCCCAGUCAGCCCAGCGCUAUUUAAAAAGGUACAAUGGACACCACUUGUCCCAAAACUCCCUGACCCCCCCUCUCCCAUGUGUGGGUGUGUAUUUAAAUUGUCACCAAACUGAAAACAUGCAAAAUUCAUCAUUGUAAAUCUUCAGGACGGUUUUUUGGAUUGGUCAUUUAAAAAAAAAAAAAAAAGCAUUAAAGUUAUUGUACAAUGUUCUAGAUGUAUGAAUGUAAAAUAAAGGUAUUGGAUUUC